GCAUGGUCACACAAUGUGACAGUCGCGAUGGCAGGGAACCGGAGGCAGCAGCGCUUCGCGGAACCCCAUCUCCAACUUCAAUUCGCUUCGAAAAUCUAGCUUUUCUGGCUGCGCGAGACCGGCCUCGAAUCCACGCGUGAAGAAGGCUUUGCUUGAGAUAAGUUGGCUGGCUGGCGGCUUUCAGAGGAGUUCGGCUGGAAAUCGUGAAGGAUGGGUGACUGGAGCUUUCUGGGGCGGCUGUUGGAGAAUGCUCAAGAACACUCGACGGUGAUCGGCAAGGUGUGGCUGACGGUCCUCUUCAUCUUCAGGAUCCUGAUCCUGGGGGCGGCGGCUGAGGAUGUGUGGGGCGACGAGCAGUCCGACUUCACCUGCAACACCCAGCAGCCCGGGUGCGAGAACGUCUGCUACGACGAGGCCUUCCCCAUCUCCCACAUCCGCUUCUGGGUGCUGCAGAUCAUCUUCGUCUCCACGCCCACCCUCAUCUACCUGGGCCACGUGCUGCACAUCGUCCGCAUGGAGGAGAAGCGCAAGGAGAAGGAGGAGGAGCUGCGCAAGAUCCGGCUGCAGGAGGAAAAGGAGCUCCUCUUUAAGAACGGGGGAGGGGGCGGGGCGAAUGCUGGUGGAGGCGGGAGAGGGGGCGGCGGCAAAAAGGAGAAGCCACCGAUCAGAGACGAGCACGGGAAGAUCCGCAUCAGGGGUGCCCUGCUGCGCACCUACGUGUUCAACAUCAUUUUUAAGACACUGUUCGAGGUGGGGUUCAUCCUGGGCCAGUACUUCCUCUACGGCUUCCAGCUGCGGCCACUGUACAAGUGCGCCCGCUGGCCCUGCCCCAACACGGUGGACUGCUUCAUCUCCAGGCCCACGGAGAAAACAAUCUUCAUCAUAUUUAUGCUUGUGGUGGCUUGCGUGUCCCUUUUGCUGAAUUUGUUAGAGAUCUAUCACCUGGGAUGGAAGAAGGUCAAGCAGGGCAUGACCAAUGAGGCUUCACCCGAGCAUGAGUCGCUGCCCUGUGCUGACCCGGAGUCUGAGCCCGGCCCCGCUACCCCAAUCCCUGCCCCGAGAACUGUUGCCCCCGUCCUCUGCUACCCGCCGAACUACACAGAGGUGACUGCGGCAGGGGGCGGGGCGUACCCAUUACCAGCGGGGCCCGCGGCCGAGUUCAAAAUGGAGGACCCGCGGGAGCUGAUCUCCUCCUUCUACACCAGCAACAACAACAACCACCAGCAGCAGCAGCACCAGCGGCGGGCCUUGGAGCAGAACUGGGCCAACCAGGCCACCGAGCGGCUGCAGACUCUGGAGAGGAAGCCCGAGUCCCCCUGCCCCUCCAAAAGCCCUUCCUCCCCCUCGUCCCCCUCCCCGACUUCCUCUCCUAUCUCUGAUGGCAGUAUCCAUGGCGACCAGCCACAGGAGCAGCCGCCGCCCCUGGACGACGGCGAGCAGUUACCGCCAGACAAGGGUCGCGUCACCACCAUGGUGGAGAUGCAUGAGGCGCCCCUGGUUGCCAUGGAUACCCGGCGGCUGAGUCGGGCCAGCAAGACCAGCAGCGUCAGGGUCAGACCUAAUGACCUGGCUGUCUAGACCCCCCUCCCCACCCCACCUACCCCCCCCCCCCACCCCACCGCCCACCCGCCAUCUCCCUGUUUAUAUAUGUUCGUACAUAUAAAAAUAUAUUAACAAAUUGAGGAAUGAAAUACCAGCAGUGGUGUGAGACAGGGCACUGGACCUGGGAUACUCUUGGUAUAGAUCUGUAAACAGCGAGACCUGACCCGCAGUGCAAUCGGUGAGUUGUAGCGUACCCUGGACAGGUUUGUUACUCUUUAAAUGCGAGUGUAUUUCCUGUAGGCAUUGCUGUGGUUGGGGGGUGGAGAGGGGAGGGGUCUGAGAGGGAUGCAGACCAUACAGAUAAAAUGCUAGAUGGAUUGACAUGGUGGCUGCAGCAGCUGCAUUCAUUCCAGCUAAUUUUGUGUGUGUGUGUGUGUGUGUGUGUGUGUGUGUUCUUGGCAUGCAAGGAAAUUCUAGAGAUGUACGUGUUACUCAUUUAUUUAUUUAUUUUUGUUUAGUUUUUCUUUUGUGUAAUUGAUACUAGAACUCUAGGUUUUUUCCAGUUUCAGUUUCUUUGGCCCAUCUGAGUAGGUCCUGUCUGUUAAUGUUCAGUUGAUGUUUUUGGAAAUGGGGGCGCUAGCAGUGCAAAGAGCUAAAUGAGCAGGAGGAAGAGGUUGUGAUGUCCCGAUGACUCUCCUGUAGUGCAGGCUGUUUUUAGACCAAGCAGAGUAGUUGCUUAGUGUUGAGGUGGUAUGAGGCUCUGCAUAGGUGCUGUUGCUGAUGUUUUCUAUCAGUUCAUUUAUUUUUUAUGGGAAAGAACUCAUGCUGCCUUGGCAGUUUCAUCAGGGGUUAAUUGUCUUGAAAAAUAGGGUGUCAUCAUAUGUGAUCUGUAAGAAUAGCUUGUAAAUAGUUGUAUAAAUAUACACAGAAUAUAAAUAUAUUAUUUUAAUUAAAUGACCCCAAAUGAUGGUGGUGUUUGCAGUGCCCUUGAGAAUACAUGUUCUACUUGUAACAUAAUACUGCAGCAUUGAAAGACUAGAGACUAGUGUAGGCACCACUGGCUUUAGACUAGCCAGUACUGUUUCAUAUAAGGAAAUACCUUUUUUGUCUGUUAUUGAAAUAAUUAGGAAUGUUAAUUUUAUUUGUUUAUUUAUUCCUGCCAAUGAAUACAAAUCAUUUAGCAUUAUAUGCAGUUAUCUACACUGCAUCUUAAUUUGAAUCUUUUUUUCACAUUCUGAAAAUAGAUUAGAUACCAACGUAUGGAAAGGCCCCUUCAAUGUUUUUUUUCCCCAAAUGUAGUUGAAAUCUGUCAAUGUGAAACUACAACUCACUGAUUCACCAACAGGUCUGCAAGUUCAUUCUCUGUCUUGGUUUUACCCACUGUCAAUCAGUUACCAGACCCUUUUAACCAGAAGCAUCAGCCAAUUACUAUGCAAUUCAUAGAAUCUUCACCCAAUCACUGGUCUCUUCAUAGAACUAGCAACCAAUCACUAAACCUUUCACAGAACUGCAAACCAAUCACUAAUCCCUUCACAAACCCUUCAGCUAAUCAGUAACUCAUUCACAAAAUUGACUAAAAAUAUCAUGGGGUCAGAGAGAUUAGGUGCUAAAUCAAUCUGUAGAUAGAAUAGGAUCAUUCACAUAAUAAAAACAUGUUAGAAAAUGACAUAUUUGGCUUUAAUAUCAAGAAUUAUGAACAUAUAUAAAGGAAAGGAGUGGUUCUCCAGCUAGAAACAAUCCAUGGAAACGCGCACACAUGCACAUUCACAUACGCACACAUACAGUCUUAUCUAUGGGACCUCUGGAAAUAAAACAUGCAAGAAGACUGUGGGUGGAACACAAGGGAUGAAUGAGCUUCUGACAUGUCCUGCUGUUCACCGUGUUUAUGUGCAGACAUUUCAGGUCCUCUUCUGCGCCACAGGUUGGAGCUCUGUGCCAGACCAGGCACUGCCAUUCCAGGCCCUGCUGUGACUUUUAUUCUUUUGAGAAGAAAAAAAAAAACUCAAUCCAACCAAAGAGUGGAGGAUGAAGAGGAGAAUUAUGCAAAUAUACUCUUUUAAAAAAGCAAAUGCAACUGCAAAGAAUUUGGGAGAAGAGUGAUUUGAGAUGAUCAAGCGGUAGUCACCAGCAAUUGAAUGAAGAAUAUUAUUUUGUGCAGACAAUGGAUGCUGUUUUCUUUUACCCAUGACUGCCCAAUCUUUUGUCUGCCAUAGAGACAUGCCUUCACAAAAACUGACCAUCACUGUGUCUGUAAAAAAUAAUUCUAUGUGAUGGGACCCCCAUGCCCCCAAUACCCUCUGAACUCAAAAAUUUUACAGUAAAACAUCAGUUCAGUUAGCUCCGUAUAUAAAGCCACAUAUUUUUAUGUUUUCGUGAUUUAUUCUAGUCAGCAAACUCAUUAUUUUAAAACUAUGAUUUGACUGUAAAGACUGUAAAGAGUUUUUAUCAUUAUUAUUAAAUGAAGACUUUAUUGCCAUCAUAAAUACAGUAGUACAUUGUGGACUGUGGAGAAUAUUUUGUGCACAGUUCCAUAUAUGACACCUUAAAAUCUUUUUCAGUUUUAUUAAUUUUUUAAAAGUUAUAUUAAAAAUAAUGAAGAAAAUAAAAAGGGGCAAUUUGCUUAACUGUAGUCAGUAAUAAAAUGACUGGCUGACUUUUUUUUGUUGAUGUUGCCUUGACGACUGAAUGUGGUACAAAAUGAACAGAUGAAGGCAAGAGCCCCUAGUGUAUUAAGGACAACCCUGGAGUCAAGGCCCCUUCUUCUCCCUGUUCCUCUGUGUUUAAACUUAUAUUCAUAUUAUUUAAUAAUUCACUCCCAAAGUAUUACUAUAAUGAGCAAAUAUAUGUCUUCCAUCUUAAAGAUGUGAAAUGUAAUGCCUAUUUUAUAAGGUAUCUGACAUUUCAGGGAGGUCGGAAUAAACUAUGAAUAAUACAGAAUAUUGCACAUACACAAGGCAAAACUGUUCAAGAUACUUUCAGUUAGAUGGGAACCUUUGUAAAACUUUGUUCAAGAUGGUAUCACAUUUGCAAAAAAAGAAAAAGGUCACUUUCCCAGAUGUAUAUGUUACUUUUAUUUUCACAUAUGUUAAUGUAUACAAAAAUUACCAAACAUGCGUGUUCUUGUCAUUUUGCUUCUUAAAGUUUACAGUUUAGUAGAUCAAGACUUGCACAUAAAAAAACCAAAAACAAAUCUAUCUUGGUAGGGAGAGAACGGUAGAACCAGACUCUGUCAGUGUUUUUAAAUAUUGAAAUACUAAAAUGUCUUAACAGUGAACACAGCAGCUCUUAAUAUUAAAUACAGUAUUAUGAAAUAAAAAAUAGCAUCAAAUGUGAUUUUAAGAAAUGACUUGUAGAAUACAAUAUUUUAAUUAGCUUAUUUGUUGAGUUUAGGACUCUUUCUCUUUGUCUGAAACAAUUGUCGAAACUUUGUACAUUUAAAAGAACCAUAAAACCAAAAAUAUUUUUAAAAUAAAGGCACUUUCAGCCUCUUACAUCACCGUCUGUAGUGCCAUGACAUCAUAAUCAGGUUGCUGCUAAUGUUAAUGUUGAAAGAAUGUUAUGUACUUGCUUUGGUAAUAAGCCCCACCCAACCACACCCUAAUUAGCAGCACAGUAUUAAACAUUGAUUUCUUGAAUCCCAGGGUCUGAUGUCAAAGCCCCUCCCACACAAACACGCACAGUCACUUGUGCCACUCCUGCAAGAGCACUACCCCAGGGGUGGCUUGUAGGAACCCACCCAAAGGAAAGAAAGUUGCGUUGUGGCCUUGCUGAGAUCUCUGGGGGCAGUCAGGGUGUAGAUCCCCUUUCGACAUGCUCAGCACGCUGCUUGUUCCAGUGCUGUCUUAAGAGACGUGCCUUCCGUAUAAAUAAAAUUUAGAUUUUGUAAGGACAAGUUGAUGUAAAUGUUAAUUUACCUCAAAUGUUUACAAAACUGUGACUAAAUAAACUUUUUGUAUCAUAA